AUGUCGGCCGUGACUCGAGAGAGAGCAGAGGAAGAACAGGAGAGAGAACGUUUUCAGAUGGAAAAAGAAGGUGUGGACAGAACCCAAGAGGAGAGCCCCGAGGAUCAGCAUGCGGGGGGGAGAGAAACAGAUGUGGAACAGCUACUCACCAACAGAACCACAGUCCAGGCUGAGAAGGGUCCGGAGGACGGCAACGGUGGGCUAAACAAGCGCAACAAACUGAUAGCAGUUUUUUCACAAAGGCUAAUGGAAGUCAUUGAAAGGAAUUACAAACACAGUGAGGAUGGACUGGAAGAGUUCUUGGAAUGCCUGCUACAAGUGGCUGAGAAAGAGGCGAACACAGCAGAAGCUCCCAGCACCCAAAUGGAUCCGAAGGUCGAACAGGGUCGAGAACCAGACAGUAAGGAUGAAGGAGUGAAAGAGGAGAAGGAGAAGGGUGAAAUUGGAAAAAAGGAAGUGGAUGGAGUCAUGGACACCUGCAUGAAGAGUGAAGAUGCAAGUCAUGAGCAAUCCACGGGGAACCUCCGGCAGGAGAGCGAAGAUCUCCAGGAGGAGGCACGGAGCCUCGCCACCAAGCUCUACAACCUCACCGGCUUCAGACGCUCGGAGGUGGUCCAGCACCUCAGCCAGAACACUGACUUCGGGAAGAUGGUUGCAAGGGAGUACCUUGCGUUCUUCAACCUCACUGGAAUGCGUUUGGACGAGGCGCUCCGAACGUUCAUCAAAGCAUGUAGGCUAGCGGGUGGAACCAGCAAGCAGGAGCGCAUCUUAGCUCACUUCGCUGACCGGUACCACCAAUGCAACCCAACAUCUUUAGCCUCGAAAGAUGUGGUUCAUUGCCUUUCCUGUGCCAUGAUGCUGCUCAACGUUGACCUCCAUCGUUGCUUCCCCUCAGUGAAAAUGUCCUGCCAGGAUUUCCUGAACAACCUGCGAGGGGUAGGUGGUGGUCUUGAGUUCCCUGAAGAGUUGUGCAGGCAGCUGUAUUUUUCAAUCAAGGCGAAGAAGCUGGCAUGGGACAAAGAUGAUGAUCAGAGCAAAAAAACAAAAGAGCAGCUCCAGGAUUUAAUUGAGAUGGCCAAGGAUCCUACCACUGCUGUCCACAAAACUGGCUAUUUGAUCUGCAAAAGGAUCAUGGACAAGAACGCUGAGCAAACCAGAAAGGGGAGGAGGGCCUGGAAGCCUUUUCAUGCCAUUCUGAAAGGUAUGGUCCUGUUCCUUCAAAAGGAGGAGUAUGACCCUAACAAAGGCUUGUCCAUGGCGGAUUUGAAGAACGCCAUUAGCUUGCACCAUGCAAUGUCUUGGCGGGUGGCGGACUACAAAAAGAGGCCCAACGUGCUGUGCAUCAGGACGGCAGACCAGAGGUACUUCUUCUUCCAGGCUGAGAGUAAAGAAGAGCUGAUAUCCUGGGUCACCACCGUUGACCGCAUCGCAGCCUGCAACUCUGCCCCUGUGCUGUCUGCUGUCUGCAACACAGGUGGACGGCACCCUCAGGUGCUGCCUUCCUUUACCACUUAUUUGUCCCCAGAACAGCAGCUGAAGUCCCAUGAGGCCCAGCUCCAGAAACUGUUGGCACAUCUGGAGUACCACAGGUCUUUGCCUCCAAUGAGCUAUUAUUGGAACGCAGACUUUCUACAGAAGGAGCUGAUCCGCUACACCAAGUACGUGGAUGUCUUGAAGAAGCUUUGUGUGCUGUAA